AUGUUGAAUAGAAUCAACAAAUCCCAUAUUUGCAAAUCUUCUUCUAUUCCAAAGAGUACUCAAGAUCAAGAUCUCUUGAUUUCCCGCCUCUUGGAAAAUUUUAUUGAGAUGCUCGUUUAUUCCUAUUGCAAGGAUUAUAGUUUCAAAUCCUGCAAGGUAUCUCCCGAAGACUCUUCUCGUUAUAUCGAAUGCAUUCAACUGGGCUGCUUCAAGUGCGAUAUUAUGAGCUCUUCCCCUGAGAAGCUUUGCAAUAUUGCUACUCAACAUCGAAAGUUGGAGAAUGAGAUUGAGAAGAGGAAGACUAAGCUUCUCUGUUUGCAUUAA